GAGGAUUUCAUCCAACAGGUGUCCUUUGGGAAAGCACGAAAGAAAAAACAACAAUAAAAUAAAACAGAACUCGUUUGUGAAAAAGCCAAAGUACGAAUUCUAUCUUUCUUCUAGUACAUAUUUCAGGACAAUGUCGUCACACACAGUUUUUACCUUUUGGACAAUUUUGGCAGCUAUUGGUUUAUCAAGUAUUUCUGCCAUAUCAUCAAGAUGCAUAUUAUGUCCAUGCGGUUCCAGUGGUCAAAAUUAUACACAAUGUUUCCAUGAUACUUCAAAUGACCAAAGUACUUGUGAAAACUGGGCCAAUUGCCAGACGUGUGCAGAUAAUAGCACUUCUUGUUCGUCCUGUCCACCAGACCGUUUCGGUAUUGCUUGUUCAGAAGUUUGUGGUCAAAUUCCUCCCCGCACCAACCGAAGACGAGGUUCUACACAGAGGGCCGGUGACUGGCCAUGGUCAAUGGGAAUCGCUGCUCUCAGUCCAGAAGACAUCGAAAAUUUGUUCUGUGGUGGUGUUAUUCUGGAUAAAGAAACAGUCCUCACAGCUGCUCAGUGCGUCACUGGAACUCAGAAUAUUCGAUUACUAUUUGGCACGGUUUACCCAACGGCAACAGGUGAUUCUGGAUCGGAGCAAAAAAGAAGUAUAUCUCGAGUAAUUUUACACCCUGACUUCGACAAUGAAACAAAGGCCAAUGAUAUUGCUCUUCUGAAGUUUGAACCAGAACUGAAAUUUUCAGAAACCAUCCAGCCAAUAUGUCUGCCUGAUCUCAACUUUACUGACAAAAUUUUGCUUCAGGGGCAAAAAGGACUGGUACCUGGUUGGGGGUACAACUACACGAUGUAUAUGUCCAUUCCUGCUGUAAAUUAUGAAGUGGCGAAUGUAUCGGUGCAACUCAGUGACAAAUGUAUGGAAGCUUGCCAGAGGCAAGGUCUGUCUUCCUGUUCUACCCCGAAUACUUUCUGUGCUGAUUAUCCAGAAGGAAUAGAUGCCUGCAUGUAUCGAGGUGUUCCAAUGGUCAUCGAAGAUGAAGAAAGAGAGCGUUACAUUCUGGCAGGGUUGGUAACUCGCAAACUUGCUGCAAAUGAAAGAAACUGCAGAAGAGGAGAAGUCAACACUGUACUGACUAAUGUCGCGCAUUUUAUGCCAUUUAUACUAAAGAAUUUAUCUUAAAGUCAUUGCUGGUGUACUGCUUUUCUUUCCAUAAUUCGAUUAAAGGGUACCCUGAUCGUUGCCAAGCUGAAA